CUAGGCUUAUUUAAAGUAGUAACAAUCAAAUAGCUUCCGAGGAAAAGAGGCCGACGCGGAGGCGAGACGCAUCAGCGAGAGGGCGGCUCGAUGGUGGUGUACGUGGUGCACACGAGGAGGGGAAGAGGGAGAGGGAGAGCCGGCGAGAACCUCGUCCGCCUCGCCACCACCAGCGCCGCCGCGCCGGCCUUCCCCUCCUCCGCCAUCGCCGGCCGCUCCCUGUCGCGCGCCGGGGGCCUCCCGCUGCGCGCCACGUCGCCGCCUCCGCCGUGCUCGAUCCGCGGCUCUGCCGCUUCAUGGGUGUCAUCCCGCUCGCUGCGCCGCGACGGCGAUGACUGGGAGGAGGUCGUCGCCGCCGGAGGCAGGGCUGCCGCCCCCGGCUCUCGCGGCGAGGCGACGGAGGAGCAGGACGCUGUGUUCGGUGCCCCGCCCACCGACGACGAGGUCCGCGCCGCCGUGGCCAGCAUCAAACAGGUGUUUGAGAAACCUUCUGCUGUGGACUCUGCUGGGCCUGAGCUAGCGCUUGCAUUGCCCAUCUCAGGGCACACUUCAUCUGGGAUAUUUGAGAAUCACUUUGCUAUAGAUUCUGAUGCAUCAGAGGUCGGAUCAGAUGAAUGGAGUGAAUCUGCUAUGCCUGUUCAUAACUCAAGUGCUCUUUUGACAAAGGAACAUCAGAGUGUACUGGAUGCAUUCCGCCUAUUGAAUGAAGAUCCUUCCCUUCAGAAAAUAGUUAUGGCCUUGUCAACUGACAAGGCUGUAUGGCAAGCUGUGACAAACAACGAGGUGGUUCAAGAAUUCAAGAGAUCCUUCCAGGAUGCCAAGGAGACUGUUCUCAAGGAAAGCUCUACUGCUCCUCCUGGAUUCAUGAUGUGGGUCCUGGAAAACACCCAAGAAAAAAUCAAGGAAUUCCUUGAGAAAAUACUUGGGCUCGUGAACAUGCUGUUUCAAGCUGGGGACAAGGAUUACGAUGUGUCUGAUGAUGUGGUGAGGAUGUCCUUCAUGCUCUCCGUGUUUGUCUUCAUCGUGGUAACUAUAGCUCGUAUACACUGAUGAGCACAGCAAUUCGCCGACUCCACUUCUGGUGGUUUCUUAGUUUUGUACAGGAUUAGUUCUAGAAUUAGUCCUAGUCGCAUGGUUGGCAAUGGCCGUGGUUGGUGUCAGUGAGGUCCAGAGGUUGCGUUAUCAGUGUUCGUAGUGGAAACUCUAAUGGUUAUCGUGUGGGGGUUAUUUAUGUCUUAAACAUCAAGUGUGCUUCCUGAACAUGUGUUCAGUUUAAAGGUGUGGUGAGGCAAGAUCUGAAAAGUGAUACGAAUGCUUGUUGCUAAAGAAGUAUAAACAUUUACAUGUUUCUAUUUCUAUUCA